AUGAUCGUACCUAUUGUAACCAGCAGCCUCUACUCGGAUGAGUCGAAAAUAAAUAACUCUAACUAUGGAUGCUGUCUAUUGAAGCGCGUUCAACGCGUCAAACCUGCCCCGGGCUCCCCGUACUGUUUAGAAGAACGUGUUAUACACGUAUCCGGUCGCAAUGAGGCCGAGCACGAGCAGGCACAGCAUAAUCAUUAUCUUCUUCUGCACAGGGGAGAAACACGAAAAAAAAAAUUAGUAGUUGGACAGUGGCGGCGAGCCAGUGGACGCGUGCGGCGCGUCGCUGGCUCGCCGGCUGGCCGAGUUAGUUUUACCUUCGGGCGUUGGGCGUUGCGUUACUUCGCCUGGUGCCCCUCUCAGCCGGUGAACUGGCUCGACACG